GUGGGGUGAAUGUAACGUUGGUAACUUUUAUGCCGAUGCCUUGGUGGACAAGAAUAUUUAUCCACCGACCGAUACAUCCUGGAACAAUGUAUCUCUUGCUGUAUUGAAUUCCGGAGGUAUCAGAUCUUCAACAUUCUAUCCUGGAGAAAUGGUGGAACUAACUGGCCAGACAAUAUGGGAUAUGUUUGAGCAUUCUGCAUCGCGGUACGAUCUUAACCCUACUGGGGGUGGCAUGGGGAUGUUUCUUCAAGUCUCAGGAAUCGAAAUAGUGUACGACGUUGGGAAACCAGUCGGUAAAAGAGUUGUGAGCAUAAAGGUCACGUGUGCAGAUUGUUUGGUACCUGCGCUUGAGAAACUAGACCUGACUAAGCAUUACAAAGUAAUAAUGCCAGACUACGUUGCUAAUGGGGGAGAUGGUUAUUCCAUGGUCCGUGAUAAUAAAAUACAGCAUUUUUCGAUAGGGGACAUUGACAGCGAUGUGCUUGAAAGAUACGUCAGAAAAAUGUCACCUAUCACCGCUGGGGAUGGUAAAUAUGGAAUCCGACCUGUGGUGGUUUUGUCAACCGACGGUAAUACUUGGCCAGCCGGUGCCAAGGACAUCGUAUCUCAAAGAGAUACUGUACAUCCAAUUGCUGCUGCUAGUAGGAUACGCGCUUGGGGUAUUGAUACAGUCGUGGUAGCUGCACCCAACUGCAACCCGGGAUUGGAGAAAUUGAGGGGCAUUGCAAGUGUUUGA